UGAAAUGUGUGUUAUCUUCAAUCACAACGUUAUUUUAAAUGUAAAAUAACAACGUUUUAAAAUUAGCUGCGCAAAUGGUUCGUGUGUACCAAAAAGAAGUGGGCAAUCGCCCAUAUGCUAAUAGAAGAGAUGAAGUUGUGGAAGAAGCUCUUCAAAAAGUUGCUGAUGGGGAACUUUCAAUUUUAAGAGCGAGUAAAAUGUAUAACAUUCCUUAUGGCACAUUACACAAUCGUUUUAAUGGAAAACAUGGCAAAAAACCUGGAGGACAGACAAUAUUUAGUGAUGAGGAUGAAAAAAAUAUGAUAGCUGCUGUAUCAAAAUGUGGUGAUUGGGGAUUCCCUUUAACUUUAAUGGAUUUGAGAUUAAUCGCAAAAACAUCACUAGACAAAAGAGGAAUAAUAGUUCAAAAGUUUAAGGAUAACCUUCCAGGUGAUGAUUGGGCAAGGAGUUUGUUAAAAAGACACAAUACACUGACUCAAAGAAUCACUACAAACAUUUCUCGAUGUCGCGCCGAAGUCUCCCCUGCUACAAUAAAUUCAUAUUUUGAUAAUUUGUCUUCAGUAUUAAAAGAUAUACCUGCUGAUAAUAUUUUCAAUCAGAUAGUGAUGAUGAUUCACCAAAUGCAAUUAUACCAUAUUUAGACACAGAUUCUGAACAUGAGCUAGAAAAUGAAGAUGUGGUUCCAGAUUAUCAAACACCGACCAAAGAUAACUUAAGUAUUGGUAAUUUUGUGUUAGUGAACGUUCAGUUAGGAAAACGAAAAAAGACCAUUUAUGUAUAUGCAGCUGUUAUCAAGAAUAUUGUGAAUGAUGUUUAUACACUCAAUGGUCUUAAAUCAUUAGAUGACAUGAAACAAACCUUUAAAAUUCAAGACGAUGAUGUAUUUGAUGUUGAUAUAAUACAUAUUAUUGCAAUUUUAAAAACACCAAAACUGACUAAAGAAGCAAAUUAUAUAUUUUCACAGCCACUCUCUGAUGUCAGAGAGGCAUAGUAAAUGAAGACUAUUACCUAUGACUAUAAGCAUAUUACGACUGGACUGUUAAACUGUACGUUCAGUCUGUUACCAUUAUAUUUUAAACUCAAGA